GUCAAAUUACCUUAUUCACUGCAAACAUCUCGACACACUCGACAAGAUCUUGAUUGACUCCUCGCCUGAGUUCAUAUCUCGAAUUAUAUUUCUAGUCCUCUCGGUCAUGUAAAUUCCGCAAUGCCGGCCUUUGACGUGGAUGAAGACAGAUCCCAGGAUGGCAGUUUCGAUAACGACAACGAUAACGAUGAGACUAUGCAGGACCUCGAUGAGGCAGAUGGAGACGGUGAAGGGGAUGGAGAUGGAGACGGCGACGGCGACGGCGACGGUGACGGCGAUCAGGACGGGGAAGGGGACCUAGAUGUGGAAGGCGAAGGCGAAGGGGAGGGCGAAGGUGACGAUGAAGACGAUGCUGGAAGUGCCUCGGGUGGCAGUCAGCCUUCUGACAACGAAGAUGCCUCGGGGGAGCCAAACGCCUCUCAAGACAAUGCCCAGCAAGGCUCCUCUAUGCAAACGGAUUCCAGUCGAGGAGUAGCUUCGCAUCCCGACAUUGCGCCGGAAUAUCUUGAAGCCGAGACAUAUGACAUUGUCCCUACGAUAGCGGCACCGCACAGUACCUCCAUCAAUGCUGUUUGUGCGACAGAGGAUAUGCGCUGGGUCUUCACCGGGGGAUCUGACGGCUAUAUCCGUAAGUUCAACUGGGUCGAUUCGGUCAAUUAUAAGUUGGCCCUUACUGUGGCUCAACGCCACCCUUUCGUCGACAGCGUUGUGAAAGCCGGCGUCUUGAUGACAUAUUGGGAGAACUGGGAUGCUCGGCCUCAAACGUCGCGGGUCCUGUCUCCGGUAUACUCCCUCGCCUGCCACAGUCAGGCAUUGUGGCUUUUGUCCGGAACAGCCUCUGGGCCCAUUCGCUUACAAACAGUGAGACACGAUGAGGGCAGGGAGAUCAGCCUGUUACAGAAACAUAGCUCUGCAGUUUCUGUGCUUACCUUAUCCACGGAUGAGAAGAGCUUACUGUCUGGAAGCUGGGACAAAACAGUGAUCGACUGGGAUCUUGAGACAGGUCAGGCACGAAACACCUUCGUCGGGAGCGCUGGGCAAAUAUCUGCAAUCGAAAUACGUCCUUUGUCAUCCGUACCUGUCCCAGUCGAGUCUGGCGAAGUGAUAGCUACAAACGGGACCUUUUCCUCGAACGAUGCCAAACCUCUCACCAAUGGAAUCAAGUCCGAUGGCCCCGCACCGAGUCCCGAGGAGAAACCUGCGGUUGCUACGCCAGACUCAUUGUUUGGGGACGGUGAUGAUGACCUCUUUGGAGAUGGAGCCGGAAGUGUUAUGGCCAACGGAGGAGAUCUUACUGACACGUUUGGAGAAGAGGAGGAUGCAAUGACCCGAGCCAUGGCAGAAGCGCCCCGCCACGAAGAACUGGUCGAUCAUGAUACUAGUAUGUUGGACGCCACCUCGCCUCGUGCGGCGACUGGUCACACUGAAGGUAUUCCUGCGCCUCAAGAGACAACAGAUGAGUCUCAUGUUUCGUCCGAAAAUGCUGUAAACGGUGUGCCGAAUACCGCAGAGCAGCCGGUUGUCAACGGUCUGCCCCAUGCCGAUGAUUUAGAAAAGCCAAAUCACGAGCAGGACACCACUAACACCCAGGGAGGCGAAGCAACUCAAACAUCUGACUCGACCUUCCUUGCAACAUCGAUUGACGGCAGCAUACGCGUAUGGGAUCGUAGACUAGACAAACCUGUUGCACGGAUUUUGCCACGGAACACGCCGCCUUGGUGCCUCAGUGCUUGCUGGUCUCCGGACGGCAACUUCAUCUAUGCUGGCAGGCGUAACAACACAGUGGAAGAGUACGACCUACGAAAAGGCUUGAAGGGUCCAGAGAGAGUCUUCAGAUUCCCAAACGGAAGUGGUGCUGUCACCGCAGUGAGGGCGAUGCCUAACGGGCGCCACCUAAUCUGCGCGUCUUACGAUAUUCUCCGACUGUACGAUUUGAAAGAGUCCCACUCUCAACGCUCAACAGUGCCGUUUUUGAUCGUCCCCGGUCACAGAACGGGCGUUGUAUCUCAUCUCUACCUUGACCCUGCCUGUCGAUUCUUAUUGUCAACUGGAGGCAAUCGAGGAUGGGAAGGCGCUUCAACUGAAGUCCUGUUGGGUUACGAGAUUGGUGUGCCGAAAAGAUGAUCCAGCCUUCCCGUCUCCAGCGUUCACCUACCCUAUUCCGCAAAGAAAUGGUCUGACCAAGAGGGCUGGGCAAGUAAUGGCAUGUUUUGGAAACGAAGAGCAAAGCUGGGAGUGGUCAACUGCUUUGUUUGAUUGCCUCCACAGGACUUUUUCGCAAAGUCUGAGCAGGUCCGCACCAUAUGGUGUGAUAAUACAACGAGACAGCCUGUCAGUCGGGUUUCGACGGGGAAACAGAGGCAUGAGGACCCAAAGUAGCCUCUCUAGCCAUGCCAUACAUUUUUGUCAGUACCAUCAGCGGUCCCAGCUCCCACCAGCCGGCCUGAGGCUUAUGUGCGUACUCAUAUGGGCCAAAGGACUAUAUUCCUGACAUGCCUUGUUGGCCAACUUGCUCGCUGCGCUUUACAAGGGGCUAUAAGGGCCAUCUCACAGGCUCGACCUGGGGGAAAAGAUCACACCAGGUCCUGAACUUUCGCAGCAUUUGCGACCAUACGACGGUGCUUCCGGCUAUGUCUUGUCCGCGAAACCACCCACUCAGCUAUUGCCGUGCCCGAGGUCGUUUGAACGCUACCUUGCGGGUACUUGGCCCAUUGUACCAGUUAAUUUAGGCAGAACGAACCAAAAGUCUUCGCACAGCGAGCGUGUGCCGCUUUCUCGUUCAGAACAAGUCAGAUUGUAUCUGCCGCCAUCUGCUACUCAAAGAUCAUUGAACAGACUUUCCCGUACCAUUUUACCUCUGGGAAAAGCAUCAACAAGCCAUAGGGUAUUCAAGUUCUCGACUCAUCUCAUGUCAUCCCAGCAUUUCCUCCAUGUUGGGCUUGCUCCCAGGACUCUGGAGAUGCUGGCUUAGUUCCGCCAAGCUAGCAUCGACCUGUGAUUCUCUGGGCACCUCGGCCCAGCUGAUACCUCCACACCUUGCUUCUCUAUUCCCAGACAGAAUUGUCUAACCCUUAUGUCCUAUCGCUCGUGUCGACGAGGGUAUACCCUCGGUUAAUGAGCUCAUCCGCAGCAAUUCCGACGCACCAAUCCCUCAGCGCUCCUGCCUUCGGAGCAUAUCUGAAAAACCCCAAGACAUUUCCGUCCACGUCCCACAUAGCACUACCGCAUAUUUCUUCUGGGAGAUUAUCUGCUACAUCCUGGCCCAUAUAGCUCCAGGUUGUAGCAAUCCAAUUCUGUUCUGGUGGGCCAUCAAUAACAUCGCAAGAGACUCUCUCGCGUGCCGAACACAUGAGUUGACCUUCGAUGAAUCCUGUAUCAGGUGAAUCUAGGCAGACAUCGCGAAUUUUUUGACGUUGUGAUGCAGGAAGCAGUCUCCUAAGCUGGAUAGGCUCCGGUAUGACAUCGUUCUGGAACGUGACGUUGGAGAACGUUUCUGUGUUGGCCAACUUGACGAGGGCGAUGUCUGUAUGCGAAACUUCUGUGAUGAGCUCGCCAAUCUCCCGGUCGCCGUUGGGUAAUGCGUGAAAGACUUUCGUGCCGCAUUGGCUGGGGAAUCCAUGAGCGGCCACGGUCAUGGAUUCAUUGCCGACUCUAUCUUUCAGAAGCACGCCAGUCGUUGUCCCCAGAAAGGUAUAUGGGCUGUCACUGUUUGGAUCAAGAAGGCAGCGCGCAUGCGGCAUUGAUGGUUUGACCAACUCAUCAUCAAAAAUGUACAGGCAGGUGACUUUCGCCGCUUGGAACGGCAGCUUGUUCAUGUCCGUGGUGCGGUGUUCCAGAGCAAUGAUCAUGGCGUGUCCGACGUACAUAACCUGGGUAAUUGAGAUUUCAAGCUUUAUGAAAUGAUCCCUGACAAGCAGGAAGAGCGGUUCCCAGUCCUCUAGAUUUCGGCCAUUUUGGUCUUCUGCGAUGGAGCCAUUUCUCCACGAAGCAAGCCGGGCGAUGGGCAUUGGACCGUUCCCGAACCCUAUUUCGCCGAGGUCCGGAUGGAGGUACAGCGGCAGUCCAGCAAUGGUCAACGGCCACGGUUUCGGCGGUAGGGUACGCAGCUUCAGACACAAGAAGAAUCCAUCACAGGCAAUUCCAGUAGUCUCAGGAAAGACGCUUCUCAGAAGUUCUUCGUUUUCUGGGUCAGCCCAGGCGCCCAUGCUGUCGCGGAGAUCAAACGUGAAAACAAGGCGGCGUGCUGGCGGAGGUUGCACUUGUGCUGACAUGUCCUCUUUGGGCGGAAAUGGGAUGUCUUUGUACAGAGAUAAACGCUGGUCUAGAGAUCUUGAGAAGGCCAUCCGAACUGAUUCGGGAACGUAGAGCAAUCAAGGCUGUUGACCAAAGGACUUACAGCCCCGGGCUUAGUGAUGACUGCCACUCUCUUCGGUGACAGUGCUUCCACUGUGGGCGUGAUUCGUCGCUUUUUCGAAGAGAGGGCAAUGCCGCCGGGCACCAAGGGCGAUACAAGUAACAGCUCGGCGACAGGGUAGGGCGGGGUUGUAGAAGACGACAUCUUGUACAGCGUCUGCCCCAGCUGGGAGUGCUGGAAGGUAAGAAAUAGGGAAAAAAUGACCUCUUUUAUACUACGACUCGUGGGGGUUAUGCGUUUGAGGUCCUGAACUCUAGUGACUACAACCUCCUGACUCACACGGGCCUUUACCACACCCAUUGUUACUCUUGCUACGCUCGAAGUCAAGGUCAGGGUUAGAAGUUAAGCGUCUGCGCAGCUUUGGUAUCGAAGACUGAUGCCUUUGGAGCUUCUUCAAGUUAUGGAUUUCACACAUAAAAGAAGGUUGUACCAAACACUGGCAUCACUGUUGCCUACUAGUAGCGGCGGAGUAUGAGUCUGAGUCCCCGCUGAGACUAUUCGAUGUCUCCAC